CUCAACCACCAACCAUAGUGAUCCCAGCCAUGGUGCGGCUCCAUGGCGCUCCACCACUUCGGAGCCUCAUGGCUGCGUGUCUCGUUUGUUUGGCGCCAAGCGUCACAUUCUUCGUGGGCACCAAAGAUGUGCCACGGGCGCGGCAAGACGUUGGGCAAGACGUCGUCGCACGGCGAGGAAGUGACAAUCCACUCAGACUGCCGAAAUCACCAAAGAAUCCCUUUGACCUUUUAGGCGUGCGAAGGGGUACUGAGAAGUCGGAGAUCCGCAAGCUCUUUCGCAAGCGAGUGCAGACGGAACAUCCGGACGUCAAUCCCGACGAUCCAGAUGCGGCGGAGCGGUUUCAAGAGCUCGUCGCGGCAUACAACUCGGUGAUGGGUGAUGAACUGUUGCCCGACGAGUUGAACUUUGUGCGGGUGCAGAUGACGGCACGCUACAAGAAGCAGUUGGAGGCCGAUCAAUCAGUCAAGAACGGCAUCUUCUACGCGUUGCUCCCGGGCAUCACCAUUUCCCUCAUUGGCAUCGCCUUCUUCGCCAUGGAUUCGCUGAAUAUCUCUGAAUAUCUUGGACCCUGAGACCAAAUCCAUGCUGAAUGCAGUGCAGAACAAGGGACCACAGAGUCCACCCUUUCGCUCUCCCUAUGGUUAAGCGGAGAAUUCUGCCGCACUUCACGGCGGUUGUCUGGAAUGAUAUUUGUGCAGCUUGGUGACAUGUUUUUUUUAAU